GCGGGCUGGGGCAGGACGGGACGGGGUGUUGGGAGCUGCUCUCCGGACAGGUGCAAAGAUGGGGUGCUUCACCUUUAUCAAGGUCAUGAUGAUCCUCUUCAACCUGGCCAUCUUCCUCAGUGGCGGGACCCUCCUGGGAGUUGGCAUCUGGGUCAGAGUGGAUGGAGAGUCAUUCGUGAAUAUAUUUGGGGCGCUCUCCUCCAGCAUCCUGCAGGUUGUGAACGUGGGCUAUCUCUUCAUCGUCAUUGGUGCCAUCCUGCUGGUGGUCGGCUUCCUUGGGUGCUACGGUGCCCAGAAGGAGAGCAAAUGUCUCCUGAUGAUGUUCUUCUCAGUGGUGCUGAUCAUCUUCAUUGCUGAAGUUGCUGCUGCUGUGCUGGCUCUGGUCUUCACAGGUCUUGCAGAGACAUUGCUUACAGGUCUGGUGACCCCGCUCCUGAAGGAGAAGUAUGGGCAGGAUAAAACAUUCACAGACAUCUGGAACAUCACCAUGACAAAGGUUCACUGCUGCGGCCUGAAUAACUACACAGACUUCAACAACUCCUACUUUUAUAGGACACAUGACAGCUACCCCAUGCAGUGCUGUGACAUGCAGGACCCCUGCAACGACACGCUGGCCGCAGAAACAAAAGUUGAGGGCUGUUUCAAAGAGAUCUUGAAAGAAAUCAGGACCAACGCAGGAGUGGCGGGUGGCGUGGCAGCCGGCAUCGCAGCCGUGGAGAUUGCAUCCAUGGCGGUUUCCAUGUACCUGUACUGUCGGCUGGAUGAGAAGUGACCCCCCGAGGCAGGAGGAUGACCUGCCACCCCCCCCAUGCUGGGGUGCACCUGUGGCGUGCCAUGCUCUCGGGGGGACCCCAAUCCUCCCUGGGUCUGAUGCUCUCCUGUGCACUGUGAUUUGUAGCUGUAUUUUGAUCUACUGAGCUGGGAUCUGUAGAGUUUGUGUAUAUUUUUGUACUGAUAUGGCAUAUGGAGUCUGUACAUAGAGAUUUGGGGUGUUUUUUGAUCGGGGAGGGGGGGUGUUGGGAGAAGCUGUUUUGUCUGUUUGGCUGAUGGCAGCAGGAGAUAAAGCAGCACGGGGCUGUUCAGGCUGCUGAUCUGGCAAUGGCACAAUGAUGUCUUGAUAAACUCCUGCAGGCGGGUGCUGCACUGCUCUCACACGGUCCCUGCCCUGUCCCCCUGCAUCAGUUUGAGGUGGUAGCUUCACCCUCACCGGGGCUGUGUCUACUCCUGCACCCAGUGUCUGUCAGCCCUGGCCUUGUUGCCAUGUGGUCCCCUGAAAGAGGGGCUGGCUGAUCUCUGCCCCUUCCCUGGCAUGAGGAGAGCCCUGCUGCUCCCUGGCUCUGCAGAGGCUCAUACCCCCUGUCAUUUUGUGCCUGAGCCCCUCUCCAUGCUGUAAAGAAGUGCAAAUAAAUUUUUCAUCUUGGAUAUAAAUUGUUUUC